AUAAACUACUACUCCAACAAUCAAUCCACAAACAGAACUUUCUCCCCAAAUCCAAUGGCCAUCAUCGAAAUCACAUUCCUCUCCCUCUCCAUAAUCCUCCUCCUUUUCCUCCGCUCAACCUAUCGCCGCAGAGCCACGUCGCUCCCGACCAACUGGCCGGUGUUCGGGAUGCUCCCGGGCCUUCUCCCCAACACCCACCGCAUCCAAGACUACAUAACCGAGCUCACGGCCGAAUCCGGCGGCACCUUCCAAUGGGAAGGCCCCAUCUUCUCCAACAUGGACAUGCUCAUGACCAGCGACCCCGCCAACAUCCACCACGUCUUCAGCCGCAACUUCUCCAACUACCCCAAGGGCCCCGAGUUCAACAAGAUCUUCCAAAUCCUCGGUGAUGGAAUCUUCAACGCGGAUUUCGACGCGUGGGAGCUCCACCGCCGCAUCACUCACUCAUUCUUCACCCACACAACCUUCUCCAGUAAAUUGGAGAAAGCUGUGUGGGAUAAGGUUGAGAACGGGCUUCUGCCUGUUCUCGACCAUUCAGUAGAUGUCGAUUUGCAGGAUAUUUUCCAGAGAUUAUCCUUCGAUACGAUUUGCAAGCUAGUUUUGGAGUACGAUUCUUGUAGUUUAUCGGUUGAGAUGCCGAACAUCCCGUGCGAGAAGGCGUUUAACGACAUGAUUGACGCUCUUCUCUACCGGCACCUCCUCCCGGAGGUGGUGUGGCGGCUGCAGGAAUGGAUGGGCGUUGGUAGAGAAAAGAAGCUUCAGGAAGCUUCUAGAGCCUUCGAUGAGUUCAUCUACCCUUGUGUGGAAAGAUCCAUGGAUGAAUCAUAUGGUUUUAGCCUUUUAUCAUCUUUCAAAAAGGAGUUUCAAACGGAUUCAAGCAAAUUCUUGAGGGAUACCGCCCUGAAUCUGAUGCUAGCCGGAAGAGACACCACCGGCGCCACUCUCACUUGGCUUUUCUGGCUAAUCGCCUGCAAUCCCUCGUCGGAGGAGAAGAUCCGGCGGGAGAUCAACGGCGAGGAAUGGAGGAGGAGGUUUGGCGUUGAAGAGUCGCGGAGGUUGGUUUACCUCCACGGAGCUCUGUGCGAGACCAUGAGGCUGUACCCACCGGUCGCGCUGGAGCACAAGGCUCCAGUGCGAGCGGAUGAUCUCCCGUGUGGGAAGCGGAUCGAGAGGAAUGCGAGAGUGGUCAUAUCUUUUUAUUCGGUGGGGAGAAUGGAGAGCGUGUGGGGGAAAGACUGCCUCGAAUUCAAGCCGGAGAGAUGGAUCUCUCCGAGCGGGAAGAUCAAACACGAGCCGUCGUAUAAGUUUCCGGCGUUUAAUGCUGGGCCGAGGACGUGCCUGGGGAAGGAGAUGGCGUUCGCGCAGAUGAAGAUGGUGGCGGCGGCGAUCUUGCAUCGCUACCGGAUUAAGGUUGUGGAGGGGCAUGUGGUUUCCCCUCGUGAUUCGAUUAUACUUCAAAUGAAGAAUGGUUUAAGGGUGAGGUUAACCAAGAUUUCAAAUUGAUAUUGGAUUGUAAUACUAAUACUACUAUAUGUUAAUUAAUAAAAUGUGUAUGGAAUAAUGGAAGAUAAUGGAUGUUCGGAUUUUAAAAUACGUUGUUACAAACUGAAAAUUUGGUUAUGAUAAUUUUUCAUCAAUGUAAUGUUUA